ACAAAUCCCGAGUUAACAGCAUUCAAAGACUCCAUGUCCCGUUGGACAGACGUCAACAAGCAAACACCGACCGCAAUUUUGCAGCCCGCAUCCGAACUCGACGUUGAGAAAAUCGUCUACAAAGCCGUCAAAGCCAAAAUCCCAAUCAUCAUCAAGUCCGGCGGCAACAGUCCUUGGUCCACCAUCUCGUCUGGAGGAUGGAUCAUCGACCUCUCGCUCCUCUCCAACUUCUCCCUGGACACGCAAAACCAAACCGCAACAAUCCAGCCAGGCGUGCUCUCCAAGACCAUCAACGUCGCCGUUCAAGAAGCCGGUUUCUGCAUCCAAUCACCCGGGUCGGCGAAAGUCUCUUGCGUUGGUUUCCUGCUCGGUGGUGGAAGCAGUUAUCUAAAUGGUUUGUAUGGAAUGGGUGUUGAUAGUUUGGUUAGUGCUAGGGUGGUUACGGCGUACCCGGAAGAGGGGACCGUCGUGUGCAGUGAAGAGGAGAAUGAAGAGCUGCUUUGGGCGAUCAAGGGUGCGGGACAGUUUUUCGGUGUUGUUACUGAAGUCACGAUGAAGAUGUAUCCGUUGAAGGAGGAGGAAGGACCACUGAGCUGGACGAUGGUCUUUACGACGGAUAAGAUGAAGGAAGUAGCGCUGGCAUUAGAGGAGGUUAGCAAGGGGGAACAGGUGGUUAGGAGUCCUGGGUUGGCGAUGGUUAUGGCGAUGCCUGGUUUUCGGAAGCCAGGUAUCAUGGUCAGCCUCAUACAUUUUCGGCCCGAAGACGAAGCAGAGAAGAUCAUGGCUCCCCUCUUGGAACUUGAUCCGGCUCAACAGAUCAAGAAAGUCGUACCGUGGGGCAAUAUGACGGAUUCGGCUGAUAUGCUUGCCGGUCAUGGCGGAAUCAAGACUCUACAUUCGUGCGGUAUGAAGGAGUUUGAUGGGAAGAAGUUUGAGAAAAGUUUGGAGUUGUGGGAGAAGAUCGACAAGGAAGUUCCGGGUGCGAAGGGAUGCGCUUUUAUAAUGAAUUGGUUUGCGCUGGAUGGGGUGAAGAUAAAGGAAGGGACUAGUGCGUGGAGCCAUAGGGAUAUGGGGGUCUGGAGCAUGCAUUUAAUCAGUGCUGAAGACGAGGCUUCACAUAAUGCUGCGGUUGAACUCUCGAAAGAGUAUUUCGACAUGUGCCAGGCAGAUCUGCAGAAGUCUGAGAAGGCACUGUUUCCAAACCACUGGCGGGGCAAGGACCUUGACAGACGCUUUCGAGGACAGGGAACGGUCAAGAGGUUGAGGGUUUUGAAGGAGUUGUGGGAUCCGGAAGGAGUCUUCACGAAGCAGUUCUUGUGAAGAUGGGGAGAACGACAUUGAUGCAUUCACUCGUGGCUUUGGCAGACUGGUGGCGUGGUAGAUGUUCAACAGACAGUAAUGGACUUACAGUUGUAUUCGGACUAGGACAUGAGCUUGGGAGUUGGUGUUUUGCGGACAAAACCUUGUCGGUUGCUUGGCGUCCGGAUGCUUUGUCAGUAAUGUUAUGAACCUAAUCGAGAAGCAGCUGGCUGGAAUAAAGGGAACAAAGGGUCCACCCGACAAACUUGCAGUG